AUGUUUCACCUCGAUACGUCACUGAUUCUUCGAUGUUCUCCGUCGACUGCGCUUUGGAUUUUUUCACGGCGUUUCAGCGAAAAGCUGUUGUAUGGAGAUGAACUAAUCAGAAAGCCGUCCAGCAGAAUCAAACCAAAUCCAGUGCAGCGUGCGUCAGUCACCGUCCCAAACCCCCAUAACUCCAGGACCGCUGUAUUUACUUCUGGAAGAGAAUCUCUCAAGCAGGCAAGGAUUGCCAAACAGGCAUAUGCAGAGCUGGAAGGUAAUGAUCCACGAUUAUGUGAUGCCAUUGAAGUAGCACGGGGGCGGCGUGCGAGGCAAUCGCCGGUAUCCCCAGCUAUGAGGACGGUCGUGUUAGAAGGAGAGCAAUUGAUUAUGGAUGCACUUGCUAGCGGAGGUCACGUACACUCGCUCUACUUUUCAUCGCGCCACGCUCUCCAGCGCCUGGUUUCAACAGAGCGGAUCGAAGACAUAUACUAUGUUCCUCGUCACACUUUGGAGCGAUUUUCAUCUAUGAAGACGUGUCCGGGUCUCUUGGCCAUAUUUGAAGUUCCAGAUCCUGCGAGUUUGACAACCAGAUAUCUUAGCCAUGGACUUUGGCGCCCUUUGCCAGCUACCUUGGUACUUAAUGGAAUUCGGGACCCAGGCAAUAUGGGUAGUUUACUGCGUACUGCGGCCAGUUUCGGUCUGUCCUCUGUACUUGUCUCCGAAGGGAGCGUAGAUAUCUGGAACGAGAAGGUUAUUCGUGCUGGUAUGUCUUCGCAUUUUCGUAUUCCGGUGUACCAGAACUUGUCAUGGCGCGAGAUUGGAGAGCGCCUAGCUGACGAGGCUGCUCAGUUUUUGGGGACAAGUGGCGGGAAUAAUGUGAAAGUUUUCGUCGCUGAUGUGGCCUCCGAAGAAACAGAGAAGCGAAUAGCAGAAUGUAGUAAAAUCGAAGCUGUUGCAACUCAGGCUGUCGGUUCCGAUAUCGAUCUUGAAGACGACAGCGAGGAGACAUUUGAAGCGACUUUCCCAGCUUCGUUUCGAAGUUUCGUCUCAGAUCCUGCUACUGCCACAGCUUACCGGCUUCCACUUCCCUCGGCACCUCACUUUCGGAUCAGCUACUUUUCUGCAGGGCCUCCGGUGGAUGAAACUCCAAGCUGUAAACUGCCUUCCGAAAAAAUAGAUUUCAAGCCAGUGCUUGUUGUUGGGUCUGAAGUAGAGGGUCUCUCUCCUGAGGCUUACUAUUUGGCACAUCUAACUGGCGGUUCACGUAUCGUCAUCCCUUCCUCCCCGGACACUGAAAGCUUAAAUGUUCUAGCGGCGACAUCCACUAUCCUCGGUGAGAUGCAGCGACAAUAUUUGGAUCACUAAUGUACAGCUAUCUUUGGAUCAUUUGUAAAUAUAUC